AUGGACAAGCGCGACUAUGCCGCUGCUGUGGCAGCGCUCAACACCCUUCAGUCCAAUUUUUCUGUCGUCGAUGCGAUAAGGAAGUCGGGGAAAGGGAUGAACAAGCUUGCUAUACCCGAAAUGCUUGAGUGGCUCAAAAAGAUUGGAUACAAGCCUUCUGACUUCGAUCGCUUGAACCCUAUACAUAUCGCCGGCACCAAGGGCAAAGGCUCUACGAGCGCUAUCAUUUCCUCCAUCCUUGCGCAGUACUCAUCUCCGACUACCAAUACUACCCCCCCGCGCCCUUCAAAGGUCGGAUUAUACACUUCGCCACAUCUUCGUUUCGUCCGUGAAAGAAUUCAGAUCAACAACGAGCCCAUAUCCGAGGAGAAAUUUGCAAAAUAUUUUUUCGAGAUCUGGGAUCGUUUGGAAGCUGCAGCGAAAGAGGCGCCGGCACACCCCGAUGUGCCUACGAAGCCGGUGUAUUUCCGCUAUCUGACCCUCAUGGCGCUCCAUGCCUACUUGGAAGAAGGCGUUGAUACAGCGGUUAUUGAAUGUGGUAUAGGCGGAGAAUAUGACAGUACAAAUAUCCUCUCCAAACCGACCGUCACGGCUGUGACGAGUCUAGGCAUCGAUCAUGUUGCAAUGCUUGGCUCUACGCUUCCAGAAAUUGCGUGGCACAAGGCCGGUAUAUUCAAGAAUGGUAGCGUAGCCCUCUCAGUGCCACAAGGAGAGGUGGCACUUGCUGUACUUCGAGAUCGAGCAGCCGAAAAGGGCGAGAGCCUGCAUGUGGUGCACAUGCACCCUGCGCUUGCCAACAACGAGAUCAGAUUGGGCCUCCAAGCGGAGUUUCAGAAGAUCAACGCGUCAGUGGCAAUUGCAGCCGCAGCUAUUCACCUCCGCUUGCUUGGGCAUGAUGAUAUUCCAGACCCCACAACUACCGAGCACAUUCCCCUCCCAUCGAAGUUUGUUCAGGGGCUUGAACAAGUGCGGUGGGCAGGCCGCUGCGAUAUUCGUCGUGAGAAAAACGUAAUAUGGCAUAUUGAUGGGGCACACACGCUAGAGAGCAUUGAAGUCACUGGUCGAUGGUUUGCUGAACAAGUUAAAGCAACUCAAAAUGCAGGUGCAAACGUUCCACGCAUUCUGAUCUUCAACCAACAGACACGUGAUGCCAGUGCCCUAGCCAGAGCUUUGUAUAUUGCCUUACAAGCUGUUGUUACUUCGGAUUCGUCGGUAUCACCAUUCACACAUGUCAUCUUUACAACGAACCAGACAUCCAAUGCUGGCUUCAAACCUGAUCUCGUCUCGAUCAAUACCGACCAACAUGAGGUUGAUAGCCUCGCAGUGCAGAACGCUCUUGCGAGAACAUGGUCCGAGAUCGACCCUUCCGCAGAAGUAUGCGUGCUCAAGACGAUCGAGGAAGCCUUAGAAACGGUGCGGUCGGUUGCGCGUCUUUCGAAUUUGGACGGUGCUGAAAACGCAGAGACUAUGGUUCUGGUAACGGGGAGCCUGCACUUGGUUGGUGGUGCUAUCGAGAUUUUAGAAACUGAAUGA